CUGCUCUACAGGACCCUCCUGGGCAGCAGAGCUUGUGCCCACAUGGCAGCAGCUGCCUGGGCCAGUGCCUUUCUCAAUGCUCUGCUGCACACAGCCAAUACAUUUUCCCUGCCCCUGUGCCAUGGCAAUGCCCUGGGCCAGUUCUUCUGUGAAAUCCCACACAUCCUCAAGCUCUCCUGCUCACACUCCAAACUCAGGGAACAUGGAAUUAUUGUAGUUGUUGCCUCUUUAGCCUUUGGUUGUUUUGUGUUCAUGGUUUACUCCUAUGUGCAGAUUUUCAGGGCUGUGCUGAGGAUCCUCUCUGAGCAGGGACGGCACAAAGCCUUUUCCACCUGCCUCCCUCACCUGGCUGUGGUCUCCCUGUUCCUCAGCACUGGCACAUUUGCUCACCUGAAGCCUCCCUCCAUCUCCUCCCCAUCCCUGGAUCUGGCAGUGUCAGUUCUGUACUCGGUGGUGCCUCCAGAGCUGUACUUCUACUACUACACUGAAGAAUUGUGUAUUGCCAUGUGUGCCUGA